AGUCAAAACAAUCGGUAGCGGAGCUCUGCUUCAGCCUUCCAGGGAAGCAGCGACCGGCUUUCAUUGCUUUGCUGAAGGAUUAGUUGAACUUCCUACAGGUCUUACGCCUAUCCGGAUUGCAGCUGAUAAUUUCAAGAUGGUGUAUGAAAUAACUGAGCAAAAAAAGAUUGGCUUGGGUCUUAUUGGCUUUGGUAUCUUCUUCUCAUUUCUUGGUGUAAUCCUCUUCUUUGACAGGGGUCUACUUGCUCUAGGAAAUAUUUUUUGCUUAGCAGGGGUGGCAAUUUUGAUCGGUUGGUAUUCUACUUUGCAGCUUUUCACUAACAGGAAAAACUACAAGGGUUCUGCUUCUUUUCUUCUGGGUCUCUUUUUCUUAUUUGUUCGUUGGCCGAUAGUUGGUAUAAUCUUGGAGAUAUAUGGUUGCAUUGUUCUUUUUGGUGGCUUUUGGCCUUCUGUCAGGGUCUUCCUCUGUCAGAUUCCAGUUUUUGGAUGGGUUAUACAGUAUCCUGUCAUGAUCCUUGAUCGCUUGAGAAGGGGUUCUGCUUGAAUACACGGUGUGAAGUAUCUAACCUUAAUUUCAUUCAAGGUGCUAUUUGGGGUUUUAUAUUUUACGUUGUUUUACAUUCAAUUUGAAAAGCUUAAGAUGCUUGAGCAUGAAUACAUAUGGGAAGCCUCCCCACAUCAAGGGAACCUAGUUAAAUAUCAUACAUAUAGUGUUAUGGAUACUAGAGGAUGAUAAGUCAUGGAAUGAUAUCCUUGAAUCCAAAACCUAAAUUUGUAUUUUGCUUGCUUUUUGACAACAAUAUAAAGCAGUAAAAAGUAAUGUUCAAUGCUUUAUAUGACGUGUAGGCAUAAGCUUGUUUGAAGAGUCUGAGAAUGAUUGAAAGUUCUAGCUGCAAUGCCCAAGACGUUCAGACAACACUGGAUGGGCUGAUUUGACAAUUUCUAUUUAUUGUCAAUGUCUUAACCAGGAUCAGUGAAAGAGGUUAGAUCUCAGGUUAAGUUGAUCUGUCCAUUUGUACAACUUAUGGUGAUCAGAUAAGUAGUACCCCAACCGAAUGUUUUAAGCGUUUGA